GAGUGCCCGGUCGGGCGGCGGAGGACGGCGAGGGAGGCGGCGGCGGCGAGGAGGGCAGCCGCGGGCGGGUGCAGAGACCUGGCUGCUUGCAGGGGCCCUGUAGACAGCUGCCUGGCCGCUUGCGCCACCACUGCUUCUUCCUCUGUUCCUUCGUGCGAUGAGUGUGUGGCUGCAACUGUGAUGUACUCCCCAGAGUGCAAGGCGGAGGUGACUCCCUCGCACAAUGGCAACCACACCUUCAGCUACACGCUGGAGGACCACACCAAGCAAGCCUUCAGCAUAAUGAACCAGCUGCGCUUGAGCCAGCAGCUCUGCGAUGUCACCUUGCGGGUCAAGUACAAGAACAUGCCCCCGGCCGACUUCCAGGCCCACAAGGUAGUGCUGGCCUCCUCCAGCCCCGUCUUCAAGGCCAUGUUCACCAUGGGACUACGGGAGCAGGGCAUGGAGAUUGUCCCCAUCGAGGGCGUCCACCCCAAAGUGAUGGAGAGGCUCAUCGAGUUUGCCUACACGGCCUCCAUCUCGGUGGGCGAGAAGUGCGUCCUGCACGUCAUGAACGGGGCCGUCAUGUACCAGAUCGACAGCGUGGUCAAAGCCUGCUGCACCUUUCUGGCCCAGCAGCUGGACCCCAGCAACGCCAUUGGCAUCGCCAACUUCGCCGAGCAGAUUGGCUGUACCGAGCUGCACCAGCGGGCGCGGGAGUACAUCUACAUGAAUUUUGGGGAGGUUUCCAAACAGGAUGAAUUCUUCAACCUCUCGCAUUGCCAGCUGGUGACGCUGAUCAGCAGGGACGAGCUGAACGUGCGUUGCGAGUCGGAAGUCUUCCACGCCUGCAUCAACUGGGUGAAGUACGACUGCGAGAACAGGCGGCUCUACGUCCAGGCGCUGCUCAAGGCCGUGCGCUGCCACUCGCUCACCCCUCACUUCCUCCAGAUGCAGCUGCAGAAGUGCGAGAUCCUCAAGUCGGACUCGCGCUGCAAGGACUACCUGGCCAAGAUCUUUCAGGACCUCACCCUGCACAAGCCCACCAAGGAUGUGCCUUGCCGUGCGCCCAAAGUGGGGCAGCUCAUCUACACGGCAGGUGGCUACUACCACCGGUCCCUCAGUUACCUGGAGGCCUACAACCCUUGCGACGGCUCCUGGAUUCGGCUGGCUGACCUGGAGGUGCCCCGCAGCGGCCUGGCCAGCUGCGUGGUGAGCGGACUCUUCUACGCGGUGGGCGGGAGGAACAACUCCCACGACGGCAACAUGGACUCGAGCGCCAUUGACUGCUAUAACCCCAUGACGAACCAGUGGUCUCCCUGCACUCCUAUGAGCGUGGCACGUAACCGGAUUGGUGUGGGGGUGAUUGACGGCAUGAUCUACGCGGUGGGAGGCUCCUUCGGGAGCAACCAUCACAACAGCGUGGAGAGGUACGAGCCAGAGCGGGACGAGUGGCAGUUAGUGGCGCCCAUGCUCACCCGUCGCAUUGGUGUCGGGGUGGCUGUGCUGAACCGUCUCUUGUACGCGGUGGGGGGCUUCGAUGGCAAUUGCCGCCACAGUUCAGUGGAAUGCUACUACCCUGAGCGGGACAUGUGGGAGAUGAUUGCCCCAAUGAAAACCAUCCGGAGUGGAGCAGGGGUUUGUGCGCUCAAUAACUGCAUUUAUGCCAUGGGGGGCUUUGAUGGCACACUACAACUCAACAGCGUGGAGCGUUAUGAUGUGGAGGCGGGCACCUGGUCCUUUGCGGCACCCAUGAGUCACCGCCGUAGUGCGCUAGGGGUCACUGUGCACCAGGGCAAGAUCUACGUCUUGGGUGGCUAUGAUGGUCACACCUUCCUGGAUAGUGUUGAAUGUUAUGAUCCCACCACCGAUACUUGGACCGAGGUGACCCACAUGACAUCAGGCCGGAGUGGGGUGGGGGUGGCUGUCACCAUGGAGCCAUGCCGCAAACAGGGCGAUGAGAACUGCCAUUGCUAAGAGAGUGCAGAGUUUCCUUUCAAAUGGAGGAAAGAAAACAAAUGGGAGAAGUUUCAGUAUUGAGACAUGCAUAGUGCUAAGUUCUGUACUGCCAGGACCAAGGAAAAGUGCCAAGGAUGAGCAAAACUUCAAAACUGAAUUUGAACUACCUAUGAGUGGCAGUGACUGUGAAGAACUGUCCCUGCUCUGUGCUUUUAUCAGGGUAGUGUAUCUGGUGAUUUACGAUUGACCCUGCCUCAUUCUAGUAUUGGGAAUCGUCUAAAAAAGGAACCUGCCUAUGAGAAUUGCAGAAGAGAGCUUGAUGCUCACAGUGUCCUUCUUCCCAGAUCUCUGGCAAGUGAUGGUCUGGCAAGGAAUAGUCUAAUUAUUGGGGGUGGGGGUCUCCUUUGCAUGGAAUGGUUGGGGAUACCUUGUAAAUAGACCAUUCCUGCUAUUUGAAAUGUUUAUUCAACAGACAGUUUGACAUCAAAUUCAAGUCUGGAUUUUUCUAAAACUCUCUCUGCCUAUUCAAACUGGUAAAUUUUGACAAACCGCUGCAGAAGGAGGGAAGCAGACUGUUUCCUCUUGUGUGGCUGAUAGUCCUUCAAGUAAGUGAACAUAGAACAGGACCUAAAAAGACUUCAGGUGGGCCCUGGCUGCUUUUGAAUUAUUACCACAUCAUGAGAAGUGCUUGGCCAGGGUGCUUCCUGCAUUGAUUGGUUUUGUUUUUGUUUUUACCAUCCAACUUACUGGCUUGAAUUGAACUGGUUUUUAAAUUACACUUCUCACACAAAUAAAGCAACUUUUUGCGAUUAGUA